GAUUCGUCUGACACGCUCCGGGUGUCCCACCGCCAGGUGGUCCCGGACCCAGGGUACUAACCUACGCGGCCCACACGUCGGUGACCGCACGCGGAAACCCUAGGUCAUAGGCCUGCUGCCUUCGGCACACGCGGCACAGCUCGCCCAUUUCUUAUCUACUGCCCCCGCCGUCCUCGCCUCCUCCCCCGAUCCAAAUCCGAAAUUUUUCCCCUCCCCGCAGCCCGCUCCCUCCUCCGCGCCCGCACUGUAGCCCGAGCGCUCGGCUCCACCGCCGUGGGCUGUAGCCGCCGUCGCUGCCAUGGCGAACGACGGGUCCCCCAAGUCCGGUGACAUCCCGCCCUACCCCGAGAUGAUUCUCGCGGCGAUCGAGGCGCUGGGCGACAAGAACGGCUCGAGCAAGUCCGCCAUCUCCAGCUACAUCGAGGAGAAGUACGAGGGCCUCCCCUCGGCGCACGCCUCCCUCCUCACGGCCAACCUCGCCAGCAUGAAGGAGGCCGGCAAGCUCGCCUUCGUCAAGAACAACUACCUCAAGGCUGACGCUCCCUCCGCCACCCCGGCAAAGCGCGGCCGCGGCCGCCCGCCUAAGGACCCUAACGCGCCGCCCAAGCCGAAGGCUGCGCCCAAGGACCCCAACACGCCCAAGCGCGGCCGGGGCCGCCCGCCCAAGGCUAAGGAUCCCAUGGCCGACGCCGUCAAGGAUGCCGUCGCCAAGGCGACCACCGGCAUGCCCCGGGGCCGCGGCCGCCCGCCGGGUCCCUCCUCGGCCAAGAAGGCCAAGGUCGCCAAGGAGGCUGCCUCUCCGGCUCCCGCGGACGGCUCCGCUCCUGCCAAGCGUGGCCGUGGGCGCCCACGCAAGGUGGCGGUGUGAGGCCUGCGUGCUGAUGCCUUUCGGUCUGUGUAUCUCGCUGUGGUUGCGACGGUGGUAAGCUCCUAGGUGUGACCGUGCUUCUUCGAUUUGUGCUCCGUACUAAUUGUUCCGUCGGCUUAGUUGCUCAGUAUGUGUUGUAACCUAAUCGAGAUGAGUGUGCACAAUGGAUGGAUGGAUGUUUUUAGCUUCGGUUGUAGUUGACUGUGCUGCUGUGAGUGAACAUGUUCAUUUUUUUUAUCGCCAUCUCUGUUGCUUCCGCAUUAUGAUGAAGAUGUUUGUCAUGUUGUUGUGUA